AUGCCUUUUCCGUCCAAAAAGAGAAAGUCCUCAAACCAGACUCACGACGACAGUGACAUUGACGACGCUCCUGCUAAACGCGGAAAGGCUUCGUCUGGAACCUCGUUCAAGCCUUCUUCUCAGCCUCUCGUCGACUCAGACGGGAAUCCAUAUUGGGAAAUCUCGAAAGCUAGACGUGUCACUUUGUCCGAUUUUAAAGGCAGGCAAUUGAUUGGUAUCCGUGAGUACUACCAAAAGGAUGAUGAAUGGCUACCCGGCAAGAAGGGAAUCUCAAUGAGUCUUGAACAAUAUUCGGCCUUGAUGGACAUUCUACCUCAGAUUGAAAAUGCUUUGAAGGAUAGGGGCGAAGAUGUUUCUCGGCCCAAAUAUGGCAAACAACAAACACCAGACGUCCAAGAUGACCAAGAUGACCAUGAGGACGAAGACCAGUCUCUACUCAAGAAGUCAAACAUCGAAGCAACGAGUGACGAAGAUGAGUGA